UCGAGACAAUAUUUCAUAACGUUAACUUAGUUGUUUACACAAAUUAAACAUGCCGAAACUUUGUGCAGCAAUUGGCUGUAACAACAGACAGUCGGAAAAAUCCAUAUUUUCUUUCCCCAAUACAGAUCGAAAAAAGAGAUGGCUGAUAAAUAUAAGAAGGGCAGAUCUCUCCUUUUCCAUAUCAACAAGUGAUCUCACAGCUGGGGGAUAUGGGGUUUGUGAGGAUCAUUUCAACCCCAGCAUGAUUAUUCAAAUGAGCAAGAGGAAACGGCUAACUGAUGAGGCGGUACCAACAAUCAUCAACUGCCCAAAUCCUCCCAAAGGAAUAACUAUUAUGAGAUCUAUAUUGGACAGGACAGUUGCUGUAGAGGGGACAACCAUAGGAGACCAAGGCCACCGGGAAUCCAAUCUGGGUACAGAUGCUAGGGCAGAUGUCACUGAGCUACAAAAGCAGCUGCAAAAGGAAAGGGAGGACAAGCAGCUACUUGCACUGCAGCUCUGUGACAGCAGAAAAGACAACAAGUGGCUUAGAAAUAAAAUUAAGGCAUUGACAGUUUCCAAGAGCCGCCUUCAGAGGAGACUCCGCUCACAAAUUAAUGAUCUUAAAACAAAGCUGCAGGCUGAGCAAGGCAAGAUCAAGCUUUCCGACACACUGGCCACCCUUCCUCCACACAGCAGGGAAUUCCUCAUGUUUCAAGCAAAAGAGCAGAGGCCAAUAAGGAAAUGCAGGAAAUUUCCAAAAAAAAUCAAAGACAUGGCCUUGCAAAUAAUACACCAGAGUCCAGCAACCUAUAAAGUACUCAGAACAUACUUUUGUCUGCCCUGUCCAUCGACAUUGCGACGGUACCUGGCCAACAUCUUGGGGCAUUUCAAACAAGGGUUUUUAGAUACCAUCAUUGCCCAGAUGAAAAAUCGAGUCAAGACAAUGGAGCCUCAUCAACGCAAUGUCGCAAUUGUGUUGGAUGAGAUGGCCAUUAAAAAACAUCUGUGUUACAAUCCUACAUUUGAUUGUGUAGAUGGCUUGACGGGCACAGGAAAGAUGGCUGACCACGCAAUGGUCAUCAUGUGUAGAGGCAUAGCUUCUAAAUGGAAACAAGCAAUCGCUUAUUUCUUUGCGAAAUCGGCUUUGCCUGCAGAGGAAACUGCAGACAUAUUGGUGGAGGCUGUAAGACGUAUGGCUAGGAUUGGUCUUACACACCAUACCAUACCACCACCAAUUUGAAAGCCAUGAGGACUCUAGGGGCCAGUCUGAAGGCUGACGACCCAACUGUGAUGGCUCACAGCUUUGCUGUGGAUGGGAAGAUAAUACCCAUUGUCUUCGAUGUGCCACAUUUGGUUAAAUCUGUCCGCAACAAUUUAAAAAGACAUGGGCUUAAGAUUCAAGACAAAAACAUCUCCUGGAGCCACCUUGAAACAUUUUAUGAGAAUGACAAAAAAAAUACUGUAAGAUUGGCUCCAAAAUUAACAGAGAAGCACAUCAUAUUACCACCUUUUAUGAACAUGCGAGUGCGGCUGGCCACCCAGGUCUUUAGCCAUACUGUGGCAGCUGGCAUGAAAACCAUGGUAGACUUGGGUCGGCUUCCAUCUGAGGCACUGGACACUGCACUGUUCUUUCAAGAUA